UACAUUGUAAUCGUUGCUUCCUUAAAACAGGAAGAAGUUCAAAUAAGUAGCAGGAGAUAUACGAACGGGAUGGCCGACGAUAAAGAGAAGACAGCGAUAAAAUCCUGCGAACUUCGAAAAUGCAUCUCUCAGACUAGGAAGAACGUGCGAGCCUUUAACAAUAGAACAAAAGAUGCAGAAAUAAAUAACGAUUCAACAGACGUACCAUGCAAAAAAUGUGUAAAACAAAUACAAAGAGAAGGGAAGGAGCUGAUAAAGGAAACAUGUCGGCUGAAGAAGUUCUUUGAAAAUCACCGGAAUUCAAAUUUCAUUAAUUGUUGUUGCCCACACCUGUCGUCGGAUGGCGAUGAAAGCAAAGAUAUCUGCGAUGACUUCCACUUGAAAUAUUUAUCAAGCACCCGAAAGAUCAUGCGUGACUACAAUGACAAUUUACAAGAUGGUGUGUACGAAGAUAAGGACAGAGGACCAUGUGAAACCUGCAAAAGAUGCAUCACAAACGAGUGUGAUGGCCUGAUCCAAGAGCUGGAGAAGUUAAAUGGUCUCCAGUUGGUCAGUACAGGAGCUUGUCGAUACGGCUUUAUGUGUGUUCCAAUGAGACAAGGAGUUGGGAGACGAAGUGAUCACCAUACGAUAGACAGUGGUUUCGGAAGUGUUAACUCUGAGAUCCUAAAAGAGAGUCCAGUGACAAAAGAAGGAACAGAAUCCCAUGAUGCCACUGCUAACGACACUGAAGAUGGAACGAAAGAGGAGCCAGUACACAGUAAACCAACGGCGGAGAGUGAAGGACGCAUUAUUAUGGAAUGUUCUAUUGACAAGGGGUAUGAGAAAGGUCCUUCCAUCACUCUAGAAGUUGGAUCAUCGUCCGAUCAGGACAGCUCAAAUGCAUAAUGAAGGAAUCUCCAAUACUCCAAUAUGAUGAACACAAAAAGUGAAAAAAGACUCUCUCUCUCUCUCUCUCUCUCUCUCUCUCUCUCUCUCUAUAUAUAUAUAUAUAUAUAAUGUCCAAAAAAGAAUGAAGAAAUCGACACAGUUGUUAAAUAAUUUAAAAGAAUAAAAUCCAAAAUGAUCACAUAAUAAUCAGGCAGAAGCCUAGCAGGAACUGAUCGUUGAUUAUUAUGUGAUAAUUUUGGAUUUUAUUCUUGUAAAUUAUUUAACAACUGUGCCGAUUUCUUCAUUCAUUUUAUGAUCUGCCUGAAGAGCCGUAAGGCGAAAGUACUAGCAGGAACUGAUCGUUGAUUAUUAUGUGAUGAUUUUGGAUUUUAUUCUUUUAAAUUAUUAUUAUUAUUACUAUUAUUAAUAUUAUAUUAUAUUAUAUUAUAUUAUAUUAUAUAUAUAUAUAUAUAUAUACCAUACUAUAUGUCUGUACAUAUUCAAUUUUAUUAUACCUCCAACAUUUCUGAUCAUGCUCAUGACUGAUGAUUCUCACUGUUUGCAUUGUGGCUAUAAAUCCAAGGAAAAGUGCAUUAUUUCCUUGAAUGUCUAAAACAUACUCAGCAAAGAUCUAUUCUUCUACAGCAAUUUUGUAACAAUGGUGUUCCUUUUCAGGUGAACUAUGUCCUAAAUGGAGUAGUGAUCUGAAUUGCAAAAUUAUUUUUUAUAUUCAUCUUCUUAACACUUUUGAUAUAUGUUAAUGUUUGCACAUUUUUUCCUUCUCUUUUUCCUUUUCUUCCAACAAAUUGGAUUGAUUUAUGUUAUAUGCAUACAUGCAUGUGUGUGAAUGUUGGUGGAGGGGUUUGUAAAUGUACGUGUGUGUGUCUAGAACCAACUCCAGUUGGUCUAUAAUAAUCAACUCAUAGUAUACAGUACGCAGAAUUUUCAUGUUAACCUCAUCACAAUGGUGUCACAUCUUCAAAUAACAGUUAUAAGUCAUAUUUUUGUAUAAUAUAUCUUAUGCUUGACUUUUGUAUUUGGGAGAGGGCCUACAUAGGCUAUGUCUGUUGCCCGAUCCUUUUGAGUUUAUCAAUGAAAUAUGAUGAAAUCAUAUAAACAUUUCUAUGUUGAUGAUUCGGAUAAAUGCCGAUAAACUAUUCACCGGACAGGUGGAAAUCUCCAUGACUAACGAGUCUUGAAAAACGCCUCUGUUGUUUCUGUUAACUUCAAUUUGAGUGUAUUAAGUACAAUUAAAUCUUUAUCAUAUAAAGUAGAAUUAAAUUCUUCCAUUACAUCUUUGAUGCAUAUCAAUAAUGCCUGACAUUUUUUCUGAUAUGCAUAAAUUUUUUCAUACAGUUUACUCAGGACUUGGUUCAUUGUUUGUUUGGGAUUUUCAUAUAUAAAGUACUGCAAGGCGAUA